AUGGGAAUUCGAGGUCUAAACGUCUACAUUAGUAACCAAAACCUGGGAACACCAGUAUCUUGGACACGUGGCGCCACAUGCACUAGCACAGAGUCCAUUUCACAAAUAAAAAUUUGUAUACCUAAGAAUAAUCUUGGGGAAAAGCAGCAAUAUUUUGUAUUUGAUGGGAAUGCAUUUAUUUAUCAUGUUUAUAAUGAGAAACUGAAUUGGAUUUUUGGUGGUCAAUACACAACAUUCGCAAAUUCCCUAAAAUCACACACAAAAACAACACAUGACUAUCAGAUUCAUCAAACAUACCUAUUCGACGGUCCACUUCCACUUCUGAAACAAAAAACGCGUGUAUCUCGAUUCCGCGAUAGAAUCGAGAAAUGCAAAAAUCUUUGUCAACUCAAAAGACUCUUUAAAUCGAGUUCAACCUAUUUCAACAACAAAGAUGCAUUCUUGCUCCCGCCAUUGGCACUUGAAGUCGCCAUACAGAUACUUCGAAAGAUUUUGGAUGUUAAAGUGGAGGUAUGUGCCGGUGAAGCAGACAACAGUGUUGCUAGGAUUGUGAGAUCGGUGGGUGGUUACGCGAUUGGUAAUGAUUCGGAUUAUUUUGUGUACGAUUUACGUGGGGAAUGUGAUGGCAGAAGUGGCGGUGGAUAUAUUCCAAUGAAUACUUUACAAAUUCCAAGAAACGAUAAAUUAACGAAUAACGAGAGAAUUUUUGCGACUGUUUAUCAUACAAAAGAUAUCGCCACACAUUUCAACAUGCCAGUAUCUUUAUUACCACUCCUUGGAACAUUAAUCGGAAACGAUUAUACAGAAUCAAAUCAAAUUGCCGGGUUACCAGAUCGUAAUGACAUUAAAGAAAUUGCCAAAUUUCUCUCACAAUACAAACAUAACAGCAUUGACCAAAUUAUAGAUAGUUUACUCACAAACGGGCGAUCACUUUCCACCGGCGAUGAUGUUGAAUUGACUCGGAAGAUGCGUGAAAAUCUCCACGGAUCUGUCCGACAAUAUUGCUCCACAGCUGAUUCCACGAACGACAACUACAAGUCAUUACCACCAUAUUUUUACGACGCUUUCAAAUCAGGACGCGUCAGUCACAUGCUAAUGGACGUGGUCUGUAAUCGAACAUUUUGGUGUACACCAUUUUUUGAGGAUCAGAGUAAAGAAAGUGCGUGGAUUCUGAGUCGUCCUGUUAGAAGAUGGACUUAUGCUAUUUUGGAUAUGAUAAUCAUUGGAGACGAUAGAGAUAAAUUAUUGGACCAGGAAUCCAGCACAGUAAUUGAAUAUAUAAGACACAAAAAUCAUUUAGCAUAUGAGACAAUAAAGAUAACAUCUCACGAGGAGAUUUUCAAGUUCUUUAAAGAGAGCAAUAAUUUGCCAUUAUCAAAAUUCGAUGAUUUAAUUUCAAUACCAAAAGAAAUUCGCGCCAAGCUAUUUUUCCAUAUUCUAAAUUCAGAUAUUCCAGAAAUAUACAAUCUUUCUUUAUUUUCUUACUCAUCUUCAUGUUUUCACCAAUUUCUCGCUGCAUCACUCCGUUAUCUCGUACACAAUCUCUCACUUUCAUCAUCAUCACCAAAAAAAAUUACCAACCAAGAAGUUUACGCAUUUAUCUCAUCAUCAAUAUUCAUCUCUUUUCUAGACAAAGCAUCCAAUCGAACCAAUCACCCAUUCAAUUCUGACUACAGUUACAAAUAUGAUGAUUGGAUGAAUAUAAUACAUCUCACCUCGCAAUACCAACAUUUGAUACACUCCGCAUGGAUGCUCGCGCAAUCGCUUUCUCUAGAUGAUUUCGUGGAUGGUGUCUCGUUGUGUCACUUGUACGAUGGAUGUACAUUCCAUUACUUUUAUCAAGAGAUUGGAAAUGUGAUAAAGAUGAAAGUGAUGGAGAAUGAGCGUCGUGAUGACUUUGUUGUAGAUAGUUCGAGUGUUAUGAGACUUGUAUUUGAAGCUACUGUUCAAGAGUUUUGUACGGAUUCAUUUGAAAAUGGGAAAGAUGAGACAGAAUUACUUUUACAGGAAUUUAUACAAGUUUGUCGAAUUGUAGAGGAAGGGCUUGUCGAUGAAAUUUCUUUCAUGAAAAUGACUAAUGAUGAUAUCAAGAAACAAAAGAAUCGCAGCACUAGUAAUUUUCGAAUUGGUACGAAUAAUCCUUACGAUAUUUUGGCGGAUUACAAUCAUUAA